CUAUUCUUAGGCUGUCUGUCCCUCACCCUCAGCAACCCUGCAGGCAAGAAACUCCUCUCUAAUUUUGAUUCAUUUAAGUACAUUUUUAUAUUUUUUUCAUGCCUCUAUGAGGUUCAGCAGCACCUGACCCACCCACUACCGCCACCAACACCACCCCAGGGUGUUUGUCCUGAGUGCUGGGCACAGACGGGUAGAGCAGAAGCUGUUGGAGGAGGUUUGGAAAAGGGGAAGCAAAGGGAGGAUAAGGGCUGAAGAGGAGAAUCCACACAGCCGGACGAGUGUUUAAGCAAAGAUGAGCACGUACACAGUAACUCUGAAUGGCCCGGCUCCAUGGGGCUUCAGGCUACAGGGAGGAAAGGACUUCAACAUGCCACUCACCAUCUCCAGGAUAACCCCAGGCAGCAAGGCGGCGGGUGGGAGUCUGGCCCAAGGCGACAUCAUCUCAGCCAUCGACGGGGUCAGCACCGAAGGGAUGACACACCUGGAGGCCCAGAACAAGAUCAAGUCAGCCACCAGCAAACUUGCCCUCACCAUGCAGAAAUCAAGACGCCCAGCACCAGUUCCUACAGCGACGCCAAGAAUGGAUUCCCCCAUGCCGGUCAUCCCUCACCAGAAGGUUAUUGCAAACACAGCAGCAAAUAUGGAGUACACCCCCAGCUUCAACCCCAUCGCUCUGAAAGACUCGGCCCUGUCCACCCACAAGCCCAUUGAGGUCAGAGGUCCAGGGGGCAAGGCCACCAUCGUCCAUGCCCAAUACAACACGCCCAUUAGCAUGUACUCACAGGACGCCAUAAUGGAUGCUAUUGCGGGCCAGUCACAGGCCAAGGGUCAUGACAGCGAGGAGGCCGGCUCCCCAUUGGCUGUUCUGCCCAUCAAGGACCCUGUGGUGGACUGCGCCUCUCCUGUGUACCAGGCUGUGAUCAGGCCGGGUGAGACCACCCAGGACAUGUCUGAGUGGGCACGCCGCGCUGCCAAUCUACAGUCCAAAAGCUUCAGGAUUCUGGCCCACAUCACCGGCACCGAAUACCUGCAAGAUCCAGAUGAGGAAGCCCUGCAGAGGUCGAGGGAAAAGUUUGAGUCAGAGGUUAGAGGUCCUCGCUUUGCCAAGCUGAAGAACUGGCAUCACGGGCUGUCAGCACAGAUCCUCAACAUCCAGGAGUAAGAGACCUGGAAGGGACGAGGACAUGGACAAAAGGAACGGCGCGAAGAGGAAGAGAGGAUAAAUGGCGGGAGGAGAGAGCGGAGCACCGUAGUUUAGAAUGUGAGACAUUAAGUGUUUAUUGUGUUGAGUGUGCCGAGGCUUUAUAUGUUCAUAUGCUUUUUACCUGUCUACUGUACCUGUCUGCUGCUCAGACCUGAUCUCACAUUUAUUUUCCUCUUUGUUUGAGUUCUAUCUCAGAAAUGAAAGAGAAAUUGUGUAAAAAAAAAAAAUAAGAUGAAAUGGAUCUGAGUGAAAUGUAGAAAUGAUCGUGUCCCCAACAUUGAAAUCACAUACGAGUUGUAACUUCUGCCAGAAGGACAAAGAUGUAACUACAGGCACAACUAUGUACAAAACAAAUGCACUCAAACUGAACUUAUGUUAAUGUGAAUAA